GGCGGGGAAGGGGGGAUCUGCUACACACCUGCUCCCUCCCUCUCACACCAGACCCCAGGCACCUGAUACAGCUGGGAAGAGGCACAAGGAACUGCAACCGAGCACCACGCCUGAGAGGGUUAAAGGCAUUAGCUGCUCCCAAGUCCAAAGGCUGUUGUCCUUGUUUGGGCAGACCUGUCAGGGCCUCCAAUUGCUGAGUGGCACCGGCUCCAUCCGGGUCCAAGAGGGAGGGAGUUGGGAAGGGGAGGGGCAGACCAGAGUGACUGAGCCCUUCAGCUACACAGAGGGCUCCCACCCCAGCUGCAGCCCAGCCGCAGUCAGCAGAGCAGCCCUGGAGUUGUUCCCAGAACACACCAAGGAAUCAGUUCAACCAGUACCGAGUGCAGGUGACUCGAGGUCCGACAGACAAGUAACAGCCUCACUGCACUCCCAGCAGCACGGUGCCCUCUACUGACGCGGGAGCUGUCCCUGUUCCAGCCCAGCCAUGGAGCGUGAGUACUUCACCCACAAGGGGGUGCUGUUCUCAAGUCCAGAUUACUCCCCGGAGGAACUGAGCUAUGUGGAGAACGAAUUCCAGGUGCGGGAUGAUGAUGUCUUCAAUGUCACGUACCCCAAGUCAGGCACUAACUGGAUGCUAGAGAUCCUGAGUCUGAUCCGUUGUGAUGGGGACCCUGGCUGGGUGCGCAGUGUGCUGAGCUGGGAUCGGGCACCCUGGGUGGAGCAUUACCUAGGUUUGGAAGCUGCCCUGAAAUACCCCUCACCCCGGCUGCUCUGUUCCCACCUCCCUGUCCAGCUCUUUCCCAAGUCCCUGAAGUGCUCCAAGGCCAAGAUUAUCUACACCCUGCGCUGCCCCAAGGACGUGCUGGUCUCACUCUACCACUUCUCCAAGGUUCUGCGCAUCUUUAAGACCCCGGAAUCCCUGGACUCCUUCCUGGAGGAUUUUCUGAGUGGGAACAUCGUCUACGGCUCCUGGUUCGAUCAUGUCACUGGCUGGCUGGGGCUGAAGGGCAGCAAGAACUUCUUCUCCAUCACUUAUGAGGAGCUGCAGCAGGACCCACAGGGCAGCGUGCGGAGAAUCUGCCACUUCCUGGGGAAGGAGCUGAGUGAGGAGCAAGUGGCUUCGGUAGUGGAGAACGCCUCCUUCCAGAGCAUGAAGGUGAACAAGAUGUCCAACUACUCACAGAUGUCUGACCAGCUCUUGGACCACCAGCAGGGGGCACUGUUGAGAAAAGCACAUGGGACGUCUCCCUGCCUUGGUGCUUUGCUGGCAAACAGCUGGGACAAAUUCUGGAGCAUUCCCCAUGUUCAAGUGUGCUGCCCAGCCCCACCACCACAUGGCAGCCCCCCCUUCCAUCCGUCCCCUUGCAGGAUGGCAUCUGUUGUUGAGUAGGGCCCCCAGUCCAGCUGUGUGCCCCACCCCUAUGUGAAGGUGGCCACUUGUUCUUUCUUACAGUGGCCACCGCUGCUGCAGUGGUUGGGAUCAGCCAGGUCUGAGGCAAAAUGAACUGAGGAGCUGUUCUUGGACCUCAGCACCUUCGAGUUGCAGCCUGAGUCCUGGGAGGGGCCAUGUGAAGUCUACCUGGGGUGCUGCAGGGUAUGCUCAGGCUUGGCAGGUGUGCUCUGUGCACAGCCAUUCUUUCUCCCCCUAUCUCUCUCCACCCUGCUGAGGGAGUGGCAGUGUGUGGAGCUGCUGACAGCCAGUUUUGACACAGCAGGGCAGUGAGCCAGGUAUUGGCCUGGCAGGUUGAGUACAUCCAAUUCCAGUCACAUGUGGGCAAAAAGGAGGACUCCAGCCUAGGCUGGAGACAGACAGAGGUGGCUGGAGGCCUGGGAGCUGGGUAGGGGAAAUGCUCAGUGUGCAUGGAUAGCUGGAAAUGUAGCGCCAGGUGAACCUCCCCAGGCAGGGAGAAGCCAUCAGGACUAUGCAAGAUACUUAGGCCCUGGGGUUCUGCUCCUCUCUACAGCCCCUGCCACCUCCCUUGUCUCCAGUGCCUCAACAGCAGCCACUUAGCUUUCCCCCAAGGGCCCUCCCACCCACAUAGAUACCAUCAUUCAUCUACCUAUCCAUCAUCCUGCAUUCUGUCUACACAGCUACCCUGCACACCACCAUCCAUCUACACAUCCCCUCGAACAUACCAUCAUCCAUCUACAUACCUUCACCGCACACCACCAUCCAUCUACUCAUCCUCCCCUGUAGGGAAUAAUUCUGGACACACUGGGUAGAGGUGAAAACAACCAGAGGAUUUAUUGGUUCACACAGCUGGUGGAGUGCCCACCAGGUGUUAACCUGCUGAGCACUAACUUAACCAAAACAUACAUUAGAUUAAAUAGGCAGCAGAUGGGCAAAGGGAAAGUGAUUUGACAGGUCUAGGGGUGGAAACAUUAUGGUUACGUAUAGACUGGCAUGA